AUGGACCGCAACAACGUCAAGGACAACGUGAAGGCCCUCGGUCUUCAACCCCGCAAUGAAGCAAUCCUUCGUGAGGUUCUCAAUCAGCCUCGCAAUCCUGACCGACCUAUGCCUAGAUACGACUACCUCUUCAAGCUCCUCCUGAUCGGAGACUCCGGCGUCGGAAAGUCUUGCCUUCUCCUGCGAUUCGCCGACGACACCUACACCGAAUCCUACAUCUCGACUAUCGGAGUUGACUUCAAAAUCCGAACCAUCGAGCUUGACGGAAAGACGGUGAAGCUGCAGAUCUGGGACACCGCUGGACAGGAGCGCUUCCGAACGAUCACUUCCUCGUACUACCGCGGCGCUCACGGUAUCUGCGUCGUCUACGAUGUCACCGACAUGGACAGCUUCAACAACGUGAAGCAGUGGCUCCAGGAGAUCGAUCGCUAUGCCACCGAGGGUGUUAACAAGCUCCUCGUCGGUAACAAGAGCGAUAUGUCCGACAAGAAGGUCGUCGAGUACACAGUCGCAAAGGAAUUUGCCGACAGCCUCGGUAUCCCCUUCCUCGAGACCUCAGCCAAGAACGCAUCCAACGUUGAGCAGGCUUUCUUGACCAUGGCCCGGCAGAUUAAGGAACGCAUGGGCUCCCAGGCCACCACUAACACCAAGCCCGGUGUUCAGGUCGGCCCCGGUCACAGCGUGGCUAACUCGUCCAGCGGCGGCUGCUGCUAG